AUGACCCUAAGCGACCUGCCCCAGGCUUUGGUCAUCUCGGAUGCGGGCGUUGAGGACGCCAACGGCAUCUACAAGGCGACCGGUCGAGAAUACUGCGACGCACCGGUAUACGAGCAUGUUGAGCGCGGACAAGACUUGAAGAUCACCCGCGAGCCUCACAAAAACCCGAAGACGGGUGCUAUAAAGCACGGUUGGCUUCUGGGUCAAGGAGGCCGUCCUCUGUAUGGAGCUCCGACUGAAUCCCUGGCGGUUCCUGCUUCGGGUUGGAAGAAGUUCGGAGGUGAGGAACCUAUUCCAACAGUACAGGUCCACCUGAACAUGGACGAAGUUCUUUUCAAAUCUGCAGAUGACAGAAAAGUCGAAGGGGAUCAGGCCUUGGAGAAAGAGGACUGGCAGGGUGCGAUCCGACACUUCACUGAUGGCAUCGACACCAUGAAGAGGGCCAAUGAUUGCCUUAGUGACGGCUUCAAGAGUCGUGCUUCGAUUCUCCUGUCUCGAAGAGGCGGAGCACACAUGAGGAUGCAGGAGCCCAAAGCCGCACUUCGGGAUGCAGUAGCUGCCAUGGACCUGGAGCGACAAGAAGCGGAGGCACUAGCACGUGAAGCGCUGCGCGAGUUGGGCUUCAAGGACGAAGCUGUGUUGCAGAAGAUUCUGGAGCCCGUGGGCAGUGGCCGCAUAUUGGAUCCAGCAGCCCCGUUGGUGCUGAGAUGUAUUGAUCGAUGGACGGCGGAUGUCCUGAGCCACUUCUCCCAAGUUUCUGCUGACUGCGCGGAGGAGAUGCCCAUGCCAGUGCACAUGCCUUCAGACAGGUAUUUGGAUGGCCUCGACGAAGAGACGCGAGCAGCAGUGAUCCGAAAGUAUGUUCCGCAAGAACAGUUUGGAGGAACAGCCGUCAUCUCAACACCGGCUGAAUGUGUGGACCUGAUGAAGAAGUGGGAGGAGGUAUUUACUGGUCCCGAAUUUCAGUGCAGGAGGAAAGCGCUUUGGGAUCGGCGGGACUUGUCCUUCCCGGCUCGAAUGAGAGAAACCAGGACGAUGGUGGCAGAGAGCCUCUCCAAGGUGCUCGAGCCGAUGGGGUUUGCGCCUGGAAAGCCUGGCUUGGCCCGCUGCAUCAAGCAGAUGCAGGUAUAUUGGUCCACCGACAAGGCUUGUGCCGACAAGGUCGGCAGCAGCUAA